AUGCUUCUCUCCACUAUCGUCUCCGCUCUGGCGCUGGCGGCCCCUGUACUUGCUGCCCAAGGCCACAGCAACGAUGCGGGCAACUACCACCACCCUCAGAAGAGGCUGCUCGAGCGCUCGAUCACCACCUCUGCCUCGGACGCCGACGGCAAGGCAUUUGACUUUGUCAUUGCCGGAGGUGGUCUCGCUGGUCUGGCCGUUGCCGCUCGUCUGUCCGAGUGGUCCAACGUGACUGUCCUCGUUAUCGAGGCCGGUGACGAUGGCUCGGACGUGGCGGACAAUGUUAACAUUCCUGGUUACUCGUACCUCAACGGUUUGACUGGCACUUCGCACGACUGGCAGUACACGACCACCAACCAGACCAACUCUGGUAACGUCGUCAAGAGUUGGCCCCGCGGAAAGCUCCUUGGUGGCUCGGGUGCCAUCAACGGCAUGUUCUUCUGCCGUGCCUCCGAGACCGAGUACGAUGCUUGGGCCACUCUCAACCCCAACGGCAACCAGACUUGGAACUGGGCCGAGAUGUACAAGUACAUGCGCAAGUCGGAGAACUACACCGCGCCUCCUGCCGAGACGAUCUCGGACAUGGGCUUGAUCGUCAACUCGAGCGCUCACGGUUCGGGUGGUCCCAUCCAGUCUGGCUACUCGGAGUGGAUCUACCCCGCCAACGCCGAGUGGAUCCCAACCUGGGUUACUCUCGGCAUGACUGCCAAGGACCUCGCCGACGGUAACAACCACGGUGUCUCUCUUACCACCUCGACUCUCAACGCCCGCAACCAGUCGCGUUCCGACUCGAAGGCAGGCUACAUCGACCCCCUGGCCCCUCGCUCCAACCUGGUCAUUCUCACCGGCCAGCAGGUCACCAAGGUCAUCUUCAACGGUACCACGGACGCGAGCGGCAACGCCAUCGCUUCGGGGGUGCAGUUCUCAGCUUCGUCCGGGGCCGCAACCUACUCUGUGCAGGCCAACAAGGAGGUCAUUCUCUGUGGCGGUACUAUUGGUUCUCCCCAGAUGCUCCAGCUCUCUGGUAUUGGUCCCUCGUCGGUCCUCGAGGCCGUUGGCGUCACCGUCCUCAAGGACCUUCCUGUCGGCUACAACCUCCAGGACCACGUUUCUGCCACUCAGUACUGGAACACGGUUUCUACCCUUGACAACUGGGCCGCGUUCAAGGCCAACACCACCGACCAGGCUGUCGCCCUCACCGAGUGGAGGGACACUGCGACCGGCAAAUGGACCUACAUCAACGAGGCUGUUGGCUAUGUCGACAACAUCGACAUUACGGGCAGUGCCACCGCGGCCGCCACAUUUGCGAGCGCCAUCGACAUUGCCACCAUUGUCAGCGACGUGAAUGCGUCCCACUCCCUCCCUUCCACUGUCCAGACUGGUCUCACUGCGCAGUACACCAUCAUGAAGGAGUGGCUCACCACCACGGGUAUUGGCCAGUUUGAGCUCAUUCUCCAGCUCUGGGGCGCCAGCACCACCUCGCUCGGUAUCCAGGUUGCCCUCCAGCACCCUUGGUCGCGCGGUACCCUCUUUAUCAACUCGGACUCGGCAUUCGACAAGCCUACGAUCAACCCCGACUACUUUGGUGUCAGCAUUGAUGCCGAGAUCGGCGUCAACGGCUGGAACUGGGCUCGCAAGAUUGGUGCUGCUUCGCCCAUGAACACUGUCAUGACCAACGAGUCGAGCACGACCAGUUCCCUCACUGGCGACACCCUCUCCUCCUACUACACCGCAAACUGUGGCACCGAGUACCACCCAUUGGGUACUUGCUCUAUGCUUCCCGAGGACAGCGGUGGUGUUGUUGACACCAACCUCAUCGUCUACGGCACCAACAACCUGCGUGUUAUCGACGCUUCGAUCAUGCCCAUGCAUAUCUCAGCCCAUCUCAUGGCCUCGACCUAUGGUAUCGCCGAGAAGGGUGCCGACAUUAUCAAGGAGGCCCACUGGUAUGUCGCCCCCGCUGGAUCGUCUAGCACCGCGGCGGCCGCAGCUUCCACUGCCUCCGUUGGCACUGCCACCGACUCGAGUGUCGCGGAGGCUGCCUCGGACGCUGCGUCGUCGUCGGCGCUGUCCAUGGGCGCCAAGAUUGGUAUUGGUGCGGGUAUCGGUGCUGGUGCUAUUGCUCUCAUCGGUGCUCUCAUCUUCUUCUGCGUCAAGCGCAAGAAUAAGAAGGGUACCGGUGCCGGCGAAAAGGAGUGGUACUCUGGUGACCAGGGAGCUUGGGACGCAAACCAGGCGUACACUGAGCAGAACAACUACCCCAUGCAGCGCCCUCCUCGUCCGUUCUCUUCGGGGGGCGCGUCAGUGAGCACCAUGGCCACCGCCGACCUUUCGGCCACUCCUCGCAUGAUGAGCCCCACCCCGCUGCCCCACGACGCCGACUACCAGAUGGGCGACUACCAGCGCGGCGGCGCGACCAGCCCGUUCCGCGACACCUUUGACCACGACGCCCAGCACAGCGGCUACUCGACUCCGGGCUUUGCCACCCCCGGCACAGCGACUGGCUUUGGCGCCCAGCAGUACACGCCCGUCACCCUCCACUAG